AUGGGGCGUGCGGACAAAGUAAGCAUUGCCUUGCUGUCAGACGAAGACAUCCCUGCAUGUUUCCAUGUUCUCUCAAAGAGUUUCGGCCAUGAUGCACCGUUUGUAGAUAUAUACUUUCCAGAUCAUGACACAUCGUCUGGGCAAGAGCAGGGCUCCAAGCGCCUGAUGGUAUGGAAACAGACCUCGGAGAACUCCAUAUUCUUGAAAGCAGUCACACAAACUAGCCAGGGAGAUCAGGAACAUAUCAUCGGUCUCGCCAUCUGGACAUAUAUGAAGGAAGCCCCGCCUGCAGAGCUUGACAAGGUGGAGAAUGUUGAGGAAGUCUGGCCAAAUGAAGACGAUCGCAAAUUUAUGGUUCGCCUAUGGAGAGACUACGUGAUACCACGUACUCAGGCUAUCAAAGAUUCUGAUGGCAAAGGAGUUUAUGUUCUCGAAUUGCUAGCAGUUCAUCCCGAUUACCAGCGUUUAGGUGCAGGCACAGCUCUUGUCAAGUGGGGAACUAAAGCCGCAGAUGCACAGGGACUUAAGGCCGUUGUUGAGGGAACACCAGUAGCACGACGACUCUAUGAGCUAUGUGGCAUACAUGCAGAGAUCGAAGAAAUGAGGUUUGAUGUUGGAGAAGAAUUUAUUGGAAGGAGGAAACCAAAGCUUAUAUUCAUGACGAGGGAACCCAAAUUUGAACAGGACUGUGGGUAG